AUGUCGUCUCCACAGCAGGUUUAUCUGCUGCCUCUGAAAGACGAUGGCUCGCCGGAUGUGCCAGGGGGUUAUCUGUACCUCCCCCCUCCGACCGAUCUGCCGUACCUGCUUCGGUUUGUCAUCGAGGGCAGCAGUUCGAUUUGCAGAGAGGGCAAGCUUUGGGUUAAUAUCCCCGAGAAAGGCGAGUCUUUCAGUCGCUCUGCUUUUCGAAGCUUCAGCCUAUCCCCCGACUUCAACAAGAAUAUCCAGAUCGAUGUUCCUAUCCUCUGUGCUGGCUCUUUUGCCUUCUAUGUGACGUUCUCUCCUCUUCCUGAGUUCUCAGUCCUAUCGACCCCUGCACCAGAACCGACACGUACUCCCACGCAUUAUAUCGAUGUCUCGCCAAGGUUGACGCUUCGCGGCCAGGACCUGCCACUCAACGCUCUUUCUAUAUUUUCCGUCAUCUCUAAAUUCAUGGGCCAGUACCCUACGGACUGGGACAAGCAUAUCAACGGUAUUAGCCAGCGUAAUUAUAAUAUGGUACAUUUCACGCCCUUGAUGAAACGCGGAGCUUCCAAUUCACCCUACAGUAUCUUCGAUCAGCUGCAUUUUGAUGACGCUGUGUUCCCUAAUGGUGAAGACGAUGUCGCUCGCUUGAUUGCAAAGAUGGAAAACGAAUACGGGCUCCUGUCGCUUACAGACGUUGUCUGGAACCACACUGCUAAUAACAGCAAAUGGCUGGAGGAACACCCGGAUGCUGGCUACAGUGUCAAGACUGCCCCAUGGCUUGAGGCAGCGUUCGAUUUGGAUACUGCAUUGUUGAAAUUCGGAGAUGACCUCCAGACACUUGGCCUGCCCACCGAGUUCCAAACGGUGGAUGACCUUAUCACCGUCAUGAACGCCAUGCGGGACCAUGUGAUCGCCGGCAUCCGACUAUGGGAAUUCUAUGUCAUCGAUGUGAAGGCUGACGCACGAAAAAUAGUCGAUCAGUGGAAGUCUUCCAAGGAUAUAGAUUUGACUGGUGACAAGUGGUCACAGCUCAAUCUUCAAGACUACAAAAACUGGACCUUGAAGCAACAAGCGAGUCUCAUCCGUGACCAUGGCAUUCCGACCUCGAAGCAGGUUCUGGGGAGAUUUAGCAGAGCAAUCGACCCCCAAUUUGGAGCAGUCAUAUUGACGGCGCUUCUUGGGCCCCAAAAGUCUCCGACUUCUGAUACAAGUGUAGUCGAGAAGGACCUAUCCAAAAUACUCGACGAGGUCAAUCUUCCAUUUUACAAAGAGUAUGACGCAGAUGUCUCGGAAAUCAUGAAUCAAGUCUUCAAUCGAAUCAAAUACCUCAGGAUUGACGACCAUGGACCCAAGCUUGGCUCCGUAACAGAACGGAGUCCUUUGAUUGAAACAUACUUCACGCGGUUACCUCUGAACGAUGUCACCAAGAAGCAUGAUGAAAAGGCAUUGGCACUGGUGAACAACGGCUGGAUUUGGAACGCCGAUGCUCUGCGGGACAAUGCUGGGCCUGACACCAGGGCUUAUCUGCGGCGUGAAGUAAUUGUCUGGGGCGAUUGUGUCAAGCUGAGAUAUGGUAGCUGCCGUGACGAUAACCCAUUUCUUUGGGACUUCAUGACAGAUUAUACCCGUCUGAUGGCCAAGUACUUCUCUGGAUUCCGCAUCGACAAUUGCCAUUCGACACCACUGGUAGUCGCGGAGUACCUGCUAGAUGAGGCCCGAAAAGUCCGGCCCAAUCUCACCGUUUUCGCGGAGCUUUUCACCGGCUCAGAAGAAGCUGAUUAUAUCUUUGUCAAACGUCUUGGCAUUAAUGCACUCAUUCGUGAAGCCAUGCAGGCUUGGAGUACUGGAGAGCUCAGCCGUCUUGUUCAUCGUCACGGAGGCCGCCCAAUCGGUAGUUUUGACCUCGACUUGCCAUCUUCGGGCAGUAGCCACGCAAUAGCCUCUUCGGGUAUUGACACCGGCAAAGAAAAAGUUGCCCACAUCCGCCCUACGCCAGUUCAGGCCUUGUUCAUGGAUUGUACUCACGAUAAUGAGAUGCCUGCGCAGAAGAGGACUGCGAAAGAUACACUACCAAAUGCUGCUUUAGUGGCAAUGUGUGCCUCAGCCAUCGGAAGCGUCAUCGGUUAUGAUGAAGUAUAUCCCCGUCUUGUGGAUCUCGUCCACGAGCAUCGACUAUAUUUCUCGGAUUUCUCAGAGUCCCCCAAGAUCGGGUUAGACACGCUUAAUGGGGGUAUAGGCGGCAUCAAAAGGCUACUCAAUGACCUUCAUACCAAGAUGGGCGUUGAAGGAUAUGACGAGACGCACAUUCAUCAUGACGGGGAAUAUAUCACUGUUCACAGGGUACAUCCCAGAACACGGAAAGGUGUUUUCCUGAUUGCGCAUACAGCAUUCCCUGGGCAGGAUGGUAAAUCUAUCCUGGCGCCUACACAUCUUGUUGGUACUCGUGCCAAGCAUGUUGGGACGUGGACCUUGGAGGUAGAUGCAAAUGAAACUACCAAAGACCGGGUAUUAGCGGACAAGUCCCACUUACGGGGGUUGCCUAGCCGAGUCAGCUCGAUUGAAGGUACCACAGUCGAGGAGAGUGGCAAAGAUACUACCAUUUCUGUGCUGGAUUCGUUUGUUGCCGGGUCUAUUGCCUUGUUUGAAACAUCUAUGCCAAGUGUUGAACAUGCGACUGGGCUGGACAAUUAUAUCACUGAAGGCGUUGACCAUGCAUUCUCGGACCUCAGCUUGGUUGACCUGAACUUCGUCCUUUACCGCUGCGAAGCGGAAGAGAGAGACUCGAGUAAUGGUCAGGACGGAGUAUACAGUAUCCCCAACUACGGCCCCCUGGUCUACGCCGGUCUGCAGGGCUGGUGGAGCGUUCUUGAGACCAUCAUUAAGUACAACGAAUUAGGCCAUCCACUGUGUGAGCACUUGCGCAACGGUCAGUGGGCCCUGGAUUUCGUUGUUGGUCGCCUGGAGAAGUUGGGACAAAAGGAAGAGCAUCCUGCUCUCGACAAACCAGCUACAUGGCUGCGGGACAAAUUCCAAGCCGUUCGCGAACUACCAAGCUUCCUUUUACCCCGGUAUUUCGCCAUCAUCGUUCAAGUGGCCUACAACGCUGCCUGGAAGCGCGGAGUCCAUCUUUUGGGACCACAUAUACAGAACGGACAAGAGUUCAUUCAUCAACUGGGUAUGGUGAGUGUCCAACAAAUGGGAUAUGUAAACUCAGCCUCGUUAUGGCCUACAAAGAAGGUACCGAGUCUUGCAGCCGGCCUACCGCACUUUGCAGUAGACUGGGCAAGAUGCUGGGGCCGCGAUGUGUUCAUAUCGCUCAGAGGCCUUCUUCUCUGCACCAGCCGAUUCGAUGAUGCCAAGGAGCAUAUAUCUGCAUUUGCCAGUGUUCUCAAGCAUGGCAUGAUUCCAAACCUCCUCAGCAGUGGAAAGCUCCCACGCUAUAAUUCUCGGGAUUCUGUAUGGUUCUUCCUACAAUCUAUCCAGGAUUACACCGAGAUGGCCCCAGAUGGUCUAAAGAUCUUAGACCAUAAGGUCCCCAGGAGAUUUCUUCCAUACGAUGAUGUGUGGUUUCCGUUUGAUGACCCGAGGGCUUACUCGCAACACUCGACAAUAUCCGAAGUGAUACAAGAAGUAUUCCAGCGACAUGCGCAUGGACUUUCUUUCCGAGAGUAUAACGCGGGGACUGACCUUGAUAUGCAAAUGAAGCCUGAGGGAUUUCAAAUUGAUGUUAAGGUUGACUGGGAAACAGGAUUGAUCUUCGGGGGUAGUCAAUUCAAUUGCGGGACAUGGCAAGACAAGAUGGGUGAGAGUGAGAAAGCCGGGAAUAAAGGUGUGCCCGGGACACCACGAGAUGGGGCAGCCAUCGAAAUUACCGGACUUUUGUAUAGCGCUUUGACAUGGGUUGCAAAGCUGCACGAACGUGGUCUCUAUCAGCAUGAUGGUGUCGAAACUGAAAAUGGAAAAUCCAUCUUGUUCAAGGAUUGGGCAUCGAAGAUUCGGGCCAACUUUGAGCGCUGCUACUAUGUUCCUCUAGACCCGAAGGAGGAUGCUCAACACGAUAUUGAUUCCAACGUGAUCAAUCGACGAGGGAUCUACAAGGAUCUUUAUCGGUCUGGCAAGCCAUACGAAGAUUAUCAGCUUCGGUCCAACUUUCCUAUCGCCAUGACAGUCUCCCCGGACCUAUUUACUCCUUCCAAGGCGAUUGCUGCUCUUGCUCUUGCAGACGAGGUUCUGGCUGGUCCGGUAGGCAUGGCCACCCUUGACCCAUCCGACCUCAAUUACCGCCCGGACUACAAUAACUCAGAGGACUCCACCGAUUUUACCACGGCCAAAGGCAGGAAUUACCACCAGGGCCCUGAGUGGGUUUGGCAACGCGGGUUUUUCCUCCGCGCGUUCUUGCAUUUCGAUCUAGCUCGCAGGACGACUCUGGCCGAACGGACAGAGGCUUACCAACAAGUAACUCGACGCUUGGAGGGCUGCAAGCGAGCUUUGCGAGAAAGCCCAUGGAAGGGUCUUACAGAGCUAACGAAUAAGAACGGUCGCGAGCCCGUCUACUACGUGACCCUGACCCCCCUGACGUCAGUUGUAUUUGACCGACGCAUCCUUCCCAGCACCAAGGGCCGCGGUUCCAUAUGCAUUGACAACCCGCCCACCAUCUACCACCGCCCGGCGCAGAACAGCUGCUUUUCGAGCGCCAUGUCUCUUACGCAAUCCGCUGCGGCCGCCAUGUUGACGGUCGCGGCCGUGGUAGACAGUCCCAUUGACGUGCAUGAACCUCGAUGGGAUGAUCAAACGAGGGGCCGCGAUCUGUACACACAACUGGUGAUCAGUUUGAUGGUUGGCCUAGGUGCCUUUUUCUCCUUCUGUGUUUUGCGACCGAAAUGGACCGAACUAUACGCUGCGCGGCGGCAACAACGCUGCGCGGCUUCAUACUUACCCGAACUACCUGAUAGUUUCUUUGGUUGGAUACCCGUGCUGUAUCGGAUCACAGACGAGCAGGUGCUGGAGUCUGCAGGCUUGGAUGCUUUCGUUUUCCUCACCUUCUUGAGAUUCGCUAUCCGGUUUCUCUCCACCAUCUUCUUCUUCGCCUUGGUUAUCAUCCUGCCGACGCACUACAAGAAUACCGGUAAAUCUGGGGUUCCGGGUUGGGAUGAUGACGACGACGACACUCCCGGUGGGGACAAGGAUAAGAAGAAGAUCAUAUCGGAUCCAAGCUACUUGUGGAUGUAUGUCAUUUUUACAUACAUUUUCACUGGACUCGCUGUCUACAUGCUUAUCCAAGAUACGAACAAGGUUAUCCGCACAAGGCAGAAGUACCUUGGAAGCCAGACCAGCACCACCGAUCGAACUAUUCGAUUGUCCGGGGUUCCCCAAGACUUGGGAACCGAGGAAAAGAUCAGGGAAUUCAUGGAAGGCCUCCGAGUUGGCAAGGUCGAGACCGUUACACUGUGUCGUGACUGGCGUGAAUUAGACCGUCUGAUUGACGAGCGACUUCAACUUCUGCGCAACCUCGAGUGGGCAUGGACCAAACAUCUAGGCUACAAACGUGUGAAGGCGAGCGCCAAUGCCCUACCACUAAUACAUCACCAGCCCCGGGGCUCUAGUAUCGUUUCAGAGGACAGCGAGCGUAUUCAGCUUCUCUCUGAAAAUGGACGCGACCAUGUGACGGACUAUGCCCAUAAGCGGCCAACAGUUCGCUUGUGGUAUGGACCAUUGAAGCUACGGUAUAAGAUCGUCGACGCGAUAGAUUAUUAUGAGGAAAAGCUGCGUCGUCUUGAUGAGGAAAUCCAAGUCGCUCGUCAAAAGGAAUACCCGCCUACUGAGGUCGCUUUCGUCACGAUGGAGUCGAUUGCCGCGUCGCAAAUGGUUGUUCAGGCUAUUCUUGAUCCGCAUCCCAUGCAGCUGCUUGCUAGACUGGCACCAGCUCCAGCCGACGUCGUGUGGAAAAAUACAUAUCUUCCGCGCUCAAGACGGAUGAUGCAGUCCUGGUUCAUAACCGUUGUCAUUGGCUUUUUGACUGUCUUCUGGUCGGUGCUUUUGAUUCCGGUUGCUUAUCUGCUGGAGUACGAGACUCUGCACAAGGUGUUCCCUCAAUUGGCCGACGCACUGGUCCGGAACCCGCUUGCAAAGUCGCUUGUUCAGACUGGUUUGCCGACCUUGGUUCUCUCGCUGUUGACUGUUGCUGUCCCUUACAUUUACAACUGGCUCUCAAAUCAGCAAGGCAUGAUGUCCCGGGGCGAUAUUGAGCUGUCAGUCAUCUCGAAGACCUUCUUCUUCUCUUUCUUCAAUCUCUUCCUUGUCUUCACUGUGUUUGGAACCGCGACAACCUUCUACGGGUUCUGGGAAAAUCUUCGGGAUGCCUUUAAAGACGCCACAACCAUUGCAUUCGCGUUGGCCAAGACGCUGGAAAACUUUGCGCCCUUCUACAUCAAUUUCCUAUGUCUCCAAGGAAUAGGAUUGUUCCCUUUUAGACUACUGGAGUUUGGAAGUGUUGCGAUGUAUCCCAUCAACUUUCUUGCUGCCAAAACGCCUCGGGACUAUGCCGAGCUAUCCACACCCCCUAUAUUCAGUUACGGGUAUUCAAUUCCGCAGACGGUCCUAAGUCUAAUCAUCUGUGUGGUCUACAGCGUUUUCCCCAGCUCGUGGCUGAUUUGCCUUUUUGGAUUGAUCUACUUCACCAUCGGUAAAUUUAUCUACAAAUAUCAGCUCCUGUACGCGAUGGACCAUCAGCAGCAUUCGACGGGACGAGCAUGGCCGAUGAUCUGCAGCCGAGUUCUUAUGGGAUUGAUGGUCUUCCAGCUGGCGAUGAUCGGAGUGUUGGCCUUGCGCCGAGCCAUUACACGCUCCUUGCUCAUUGUGCCUCUCCUGAUGGCAACAGUAUGGUUCAGCUACUUCUUUGCGCGGACAUACGAGCCCCUCAUGAAGUUCAUCGCGCUGAAGAGCAUUGAUCGCGAGCGGCCCGGUGGUGGCGACAUCUCCCCUUCGCCAUCGUCGACCUUCUCUCCCCCAUCCGGUCUCGAUCGUGAUGCUUUUCCGAUCCGGAUCGGUGGACAAGAGCUGGGGCUGAGACUGAAGAAGUACGUCAAUCCAAGCCUGAUAUUGCCUCUCCAUGAUGCAUGGCUUCCCGGACGCACCAUGGUUCCCGACCUUCAGGCAGAUUUGGGGGCCAACGAGACCCCAGGCAACGCAGCUGAUGAAUCUGUCUGA